CUUAAACCUUAAUUUUUAAAUUAAAUGUCUUAUAAGUACAAGGAUGUUGAAAAGAGAUAUAGAAGUGAUGAAAUGUCGACUAUAAUCGCAAACCAAUACGCAUUAUGGAUUACAGAGGAAUCCAAUUUUCGGUGAGAUGGACGCGAUAUCUAGGCCAUAUAGCCUCAUAUAUUUAUUGUUGAUCACUUCAAUUGUUUAUAUGAGUCUUGAAAGUAAAUACACAACAAUAUGAUAUGAAUGUUGAUAUUCAAAAGACGUCUAGUCGUACUUUCCAUAGUUUUGCUCAACUAUACCGUAAGUCAUUUAUCCUAUUAUGACCAAAUUGCAAGUUACAUUGAUCAAAUGCAACUUAAGAAAAUGUAUGCAUGUAAGCAUACCUACAAAUACCAAAUAUACAUACAUGUACAUUCACAUACGUGUAAAAACCAAAUUGUGUGUUGCAUUAAUUGGUGUUGUGUCCAUCCAGGAAAAGGAAUAACUCCAACCUACAGAAGAUUGAGCAAUUCAAAGUCCUUCUCUGUCCUUUACUUGAAGUUAAUCGAUUUCACCACUUUGGACAACUCAAUUCAAGCUAGCGUUCCAUAAGGCUUAAACACUCCUUGAUAUGUGUGACAUUCAUUUAAUGGAAUAUCAAUUUCUCCCUCUAUUUAUUGAGCAAACAAUGAUUAAUGUUCACUAAUUCUUCGCUGCUCACAAAUAGAAAAAUAUGUCUAAUGCGUUUAUUUAUUUAUUUAUUUAUGUAGUUUAUGCCUUAUUUUGUCCUCUGUUUCAAACGAGAUCCAGUUAGUACUUUAUAAACAGAGCUUGAUGGGGCAAGGCAAUCUAUCUAUUAAUCCUUCUGAAAGGAGAACAUGGUGGGUUUGGCACGAUUUAGCCUCUAUGCUGCUUGAGAUUAUAGCAUCUCCAAAAAGUAGAUCUGGAAAAAAGAUCACAUUUUGAGUUGAUCACGUUACUCUAGGAGUCUAAGACCCCAAAAUAACUAAUGGACUUAAACCAAAGAAAAGAACUUGCACCGACUACCAAGGCAGGAACAAUCUGUUGGUGGCAAGGCUUUGAAUGCUUCCUUUUGGUCAUUCACUACCCAUCUCCCUAUAUAAACCAAUAGCCAUUUCCUAUUCCAUCACCAAGUAAGUAAAGCAACAUAUUUCUACAGCUCAACUCUACCUCUCUCAAUAUCUUCCCACAAGGCUAGCUAGUUAGGUAGCACAAGAAAUGGCAGCCAUUGCUGAGAACAAUGUCAAUGCUGAUAAUCAGCACACAAGUCCAUUGGAGGAGAAGCUCAAUGGGAUGAAACUCAAGGAUGAAACAAAGGGGGCAGCCGAGACUCUUGAUCAGGUCAAGAAACAAGAGGAAGUUGCAGCAGCAGCAGCAGCAGAAGAAGUUGCAGUUGAAGUUGAGCCGAAAACUGGGAUUUCAUUCCCGGUCAAGCUGGCUGAUGGGAAGGAACUGAUGACCGUUGGUUUGAGGAAGAAAUCCAUGCUUGGCAUGGGGAUCAAGAUCUACGGCUUUGGGAUGUAUUAUGAUAAGGCGAAGCUGAAAGAGAAUCUGAAGACAAAGAUUGACAGCAAGGCAUCCACUAAACCAACCAAGGAAAUGUACCAGGCGGUGAUCGACAGUGAUUCAGCCAUGACAGUGAGGCUGGUGAUUGUGUUCUCUUCGCUGACCAUGAACAUGGUCAAGAAGAACUUUGAUGAAGGUCUCGGAGCAUCUAUCAAGAAGCUCACUGGAGGGAAGAAGAACGAUGAUCUCGCCAACAAGGUGAUGGGUGCAGCUUCUGAUGGAAUCAAGCUGUCGAGUGGCUCUGUGAUCGAGAUCUCCCGGCUUCCAGGGAAUGUACUCCAAACCAAAGUGGUGGAUGAGGUCAUCAGCAAAGUUGACAGCGAGCUUCUAUGCAGGGCCUAUGUUAACAUGUAUUUGGGAGAUGAUCCAUUAGACAAGGAAGCCAAGGAGAAAUUUGGGAUGCAAUUGCUUUCUAUGUUCUAAAAAACCUAGAAACCCCCCAUCAAACUCGUAUCGAGACACAUAAUCAGUAAUAAGAAGCUGGUGUUGCUAGCUGCUCAAUAACACAAGGGCAUGAUGAAUUCCAGUGUGUAACAAUCAAUCAACUUCCCUGCUUCAUUUUAUGUCACCAAGUGUACCUUGAUCUUUAGCAAUUGCAAUGACAAGUGUGAUAAGAAUCAACUGCAAAUCAGAUC